AUGGAAGUAUUUUUCUAAGGAUUGGGAUUAUGCUCUUUUGUAUUAGCAGGCUCAAUAGCAAAAAAAAAAUUUUAUCCAUAUUUAGUUAAAAAAAAUAUCUCCUUGCUUAAAAGCAAAUACAAUCCAAACGGAAAUAGCUAUGCCUUGAUAACAGGAUCUUCUGAUGGAAUAGGGAAGGAGUUUGCGAAAUUGCUAGCAUAAGAAAAUAUGAAUAUAAUUUUACAUGGUAGAAAUAUUUAAAAGCUAAAUACCGUUAAAGAAGAAAUCAUUAAAGAUCCUAAAACUAGCAAAGAUAUCAAAGUAGAAAUAUUCGAAUAAAAUUUAAAUGAAUUAGGGUUAAAUAUCGAAUAAUAAGCACAAACAGUAUUAAAUUAAUACAAAAUCUAAUUAUUGAUAAACAAUGCAGGCAUAACAUCUGUAGAAUCAUUAAAAAAUUCUAGUGUUGAUGAUAUGUAGCAAUUAAUUAACACAAACAUAACAUCUCCGAUUGUCUUUUCAAAAUAUGUAAUCUAAAAUCAUUUCAAAAACGAAUAAGAAGAAUAUGGAAUCAUUAAUAUAAGCAGCUUAACUGCUGAUUUUCCUAUAGGAUUUAUAAGCAUUUAUUCUGCUUCUAAAUCUUUCCUAAAUGCUUUUUCACAAUCUUUAUAAUAAGAAACAAGUUCAAAUAUUUAAAUAACUUCAAUCAAGCCUUAUUAUAUCUCUACUAAAAUGACCAGAUUUUAAAAAUUAAGCUUUGACACAAUAUCUACUUAAGAAUUUGUUAAUGGAGCAAUAAAUUCAUUUUUACACAAGCAAAAUUGUUCAUGCGGAAAUUGGAAGCAUGAAUUAAUAUAUUUAUACUACAGCUUAAUACCAUCAUGGAUAUUGUAAAAAAAGUUAACUUAAAAAAUGGAAAUAGUUGCAAAUUAGCUCUAUAAAAUAAAAUAAAUUGGAUUAAAAAGACAAAAAUUAAAUAGUUAAAAAUAAAGUAAUUCAUUGGAGGAUAAAACUAAAUGA